CUCAUCCAAAACAAUUUGAAAGUACACUGCAACUUUUGCAUGUAAAGACCAACUGAGAAAAGGCAAAAUGGGCAUAGGUGAAGCCCAACAUCUCUCAGACUUGAGGAUUGUGUUAAUGGGCUAUAGAGCUGCUGGUAAGAGUUCAACAGGAAACAGCAUCCUGGGCAGAGAGGAGUUUGACUUGAAGAGAUCUGCUCAGUGUGUGAGAAGACAUGGAGGAGUAGCAGACAGACACAUCACUGUCAUUGAAGCUCCAGGAUGGUGGAGGAAUUACACUGUAGAGGACAGUCCUGAGUUACUGAAACAGGAGAUUGUGCUCAGUGUGUCUCUGUGUCCUCCAGGACCACACGCAGUACUACUGAUCAUACGUGUGGACACUAGUUUUAAAGAGAUUAACCAAAAAUCAGUGCAAGGACAUCUGGAUCUUCUGGGUGAGAGAGUCUGGAGUCACACUAUAGUGCUGUUCACCUGUGGAGACUCUCUGUUAGACACAUCUAUAGAGCAGCACACUGAGAGUGAAGGACAGGAUCUCCAGUCUCUGCUGGACAAAUGUGGGAACAGAUAUCAUGUUCUCAACAAUCAGAACAGGAGUGGCCACACUCAGAUCAAUGAGCUGCUGGACAAGAUUGAGGAGACAGUGGCACAAAACAACGGCUCCCAUUUUGAAAUAAACAGAAAGUUCUUAAAGGAGAUUAAAGAGAGAAGAAGAGCAGAGGAAGAGAGAGCAGAAGAACGGAUGAAGAGAAUAAAAAAACGAAAAGACAAACAUCAGAUCACAGAUGAGUAAGUGAAAAUUUACUGAAACUUGAGUCACAACAACAGCUGAACA